GGCGCGGGCGGCCGCCGCCGAGCCCUGCGCCGCGCCCUGCUCCUGCCGCCGCGGCCUGCUGGACUGCAGCCGGCAGCGCCUGCCCGGCGGGCCGGGCCCGCGGAGGAUCCCGCCGCUGCCCGCCGGCACCACGGGGCUGGAUUUAAGUCAUAAUCAUUUAUUGUCAUCCAACUGGAGCAUUGAUUUGUCUGUUCACACACUACAAGAAGUGAAAAUGAAUUACAAUGAGCUAAGUGAAAUUCCAUAUUUUGGAGAAACAACCUCUAAUAUAACUCUUCUCUCAUUGGUACACAAUACCAUUCCAGAAAUAAAUGCUGAGCAGCUCCAAGUUUACCUUUCAUUGGAAAAUCUAGAUCUUAGUUCUAAUCUUAUCUCGGAAAUUAAAGCUUCUUCUUUUCCACGGAUGCAACUGAAGUACCUGAAUCUGAGUAACAACAGAAUAACUACUCUAGAAGCAGGCUGUCUUGAUAACUUAUCUAGCUCACUAAUGGUGGUAAAGCUGAACAGAAAUAGGAUUAGUGUGAUUCCACCAAAGAUCUUCAAAUUGCCUCACGUGCAGUUUCUGGAACUGAAAAGGAACCGGAUUAAAAUAGUGGAAAGUCUUACAUUCCAAGGACUGGAAUCCUUAAAAUCCUUGAAAAUGCAGCGCAAUGGGAUUAGCAGACUAAUGGAUGGAGCAUUCUUUGGCCUGGGUAAUAUAGAAGAAUUAGAACUGGAACAUAAUAACUUAACAGAAGUAAACAAGGGCUGGCUGUAUGGUCUGCGGACAUUGCAACAACUCUAUGUUAGCCAGAAUGCCAUUAACAGGAUCAGUCCAGAUGCGUGGGAGUUCUGCCAGAGACUUUCUGAGCUAGACUUGUCAUAUAACCAGCUAACUCGCCUCAAGGAGUCUGCCUUUGUGGGACUUGGUUUAUUGGAGAAGCUAAACCUGGGUGACAAUCGCAUUAGUCACAUUGCUGAUGGAGUGUUCAGAGGUCUGACAAAUCUUCGAACCUUGGACUUGCGGAACAAUGAGAUCUCCUGGGCCAUAGAAGAUGCAAAUGAAGCAUUUGUGGGACUCAGCAGGCUGGAUAGGCUAAUCUUGCAAGGAAACCAGAUUAAGUCAAUUACCAAAAAAGCGUUUUCUGGUCUUGAAGGACUUGAGCAUCUAGAUUUAAGCAACAAUGCAGUAAUGUCCAUCCAAGAAAAUGCAUUUGCCCAGGCUCACCUGAAGGAGCUCAUUUUGAACACUAGCAGCUUGCUCUGUGAUUGCCAGCUGAAGUGGCUGCCGCAGUGGCUCACUGACAGCCGCUUACAGCAGGCUGUGAACGUUAGCUGUGCUCAUCCCGAAUGGUUAGCAGGACAAAGCCUUCUCAGUGUGGACCCUGGUGACUUUGUCUGUGAUAACUUCCCUAAACCGCAGAUAAGAGUGCAUCCCGAGACCACAGUUGCUCUGCGAGGCAUGAAUGUGACUCUGACUUGCACUGCUGUGAGCAGCAGUGAUUCACCCAUGUCCACUGCCUGGCGUAAAGACAGUGAAGUACUGUAUGAUGCAGAGGUUGAAAAUUUUGCCAGAUAUCAGCAGCAAAGUGGUGAGGUGGUUGAGUAUACCACUGUCCUGCACCUUUCCAAUGUGAAUUUCACCGAUGAAGGGAAGUAUCAGUGCAUUGUCACCAAUCACUUUGGCUCCAAUUAUUCCAACAAAGCCAAGCUGACAGUCAAUGAGCUACCUUCUUUCCUGAAAACCCCCAUGGAUCUCACCAUCCGCACCGGGGCCAUGGCCCGGCUGGAGUGUGCUGCAGAGGGCCACCCGACUCCACAGAUCUCCUGGCAGAAAGAUGGUGGCACAGACUUCCCCGCUGCAAGAGAGAGGAGGAUGCAUGUCAUGCCUGAGGAUGAUGUGUUCUUCAUUGCAAAUGUAAAAAUAGAAGACAUGGGCAUCUAUAGCUGCAUGGCACAAAACCCUGCGGGUGGUUUGUCAGCAAACGCCACGCUGACUGUGUUAGAAACUCCUUCCUUCGUUAGGCCCCUGGAAGACAGAACGGUAACCCGAGGUGAAACUGCUGUCUUGCAGUGCAUAGCUGGUGGCAGUCCUGCCCCUCGCCUCAACUGGACAAAAGACGAUGGCCCUCUCACAGUGACAGAACGGCAUUUUUUUGCUGCGGCAAAUCAACUCCUUAUCAUUGUGGAUGCUGGACUAGAGGAUGCUGGGAAGUACACGUGCAUUAUGUCCAACACACUGGGCACUGAGCGUGGCCAUAUUUACCUAAACGUCCUGGCGUCCCCAAACUGUGAUUCUUCCCAGGGUGGCAUCGUCCACGAAGAGGACGGCUGGACAACAGUCGGCAUUGUGAUCAUUGUCGUGGUGUGCUGCGUCGUGGGAACGUCCCUGGUGUGGGUUAUUGUGAUCUACCACAUGAGAAGGAAGAGUGAAGAUUACAGCAUCACGAACACAGAGGAGAUGAACCUGCCUGCAGACAUUCCCAGCUAUCUGUCCUCCCAAGGAACUCUGUCAGAGCCUCAGGAAGGCUACAGUAACUCGGAGGCGGGAAGCCACCAGCAGCUCAUGCCUCCAGCUGGUGGCUACGUGCACAAAGGCACAGAUGGUGGCGCAGCACCGUUGGUGAUCUGCUCAGACUGUUACGACAAUGCAAACAUCUACUCCAGGACACGAGAGUACUGUCCCUAUGCCUACAUCACAGAAGAGGACCCUCUGGAUCAAACUCUCCCUAAUCUCAUGGUGCAGAUGCCUAAGGAAACGUAUGCAGCACGCACCCAGCACGAAACCAGUACUCUUGAUAAUCUCUUAGCAGACAGAGAUAUGGCUGUCUUCCUUACCAACCAUGACAAAAUAAGUGAAAAGAAAAUCUCCUCCCAGCAGAUGAAUGAACCCUUUCAGCUUCCUCUGUGGGGAGUAAACAAAGACCUUGCGCUCUCUCACUCCCACUUUCUGCAUCAGCAGUCGGCCCGUGAGACCCCACGACCUCUUCGAAGCGAGGGCAUUAUUGACAGUGACCAGGAACAAGCUGCUUCACCCAGACCCUGCCACAGGUUACGUGAACAUAACUUUGAUUUUAAUAGGACACGGAACCUUCAUGACUAUAGUGAAACUACGUAAGACACUAAAAUGAAGUCUUGAAAGCAAAUCCGUAUCAACUGACUUUUUGUAUUUACUACCUCAGGACUAACCCCAAGGCCAAAGAUGCUUGUGUACAUGUGUCUACAAUUACAGGCUGACUAAACAGAGUCACACUCCCUAGCAGGAGGUGGCACAUGCCCUUUUUCCUUGGAUUUCUGUAUAUUGGAAAAUGGGAAUGUGCAACAGAGAAAACAUGGAUGAUUAGUGAUAUCUACAAGAACAGCAUUAAAACUUGGAUAUUCUGAUGCUGGAAGCAGCCUUUGUGUUGGUGCAUGCUUUGAAAAUCUCUCAAGAGUGCGUAGCUAUUUCACACCGCAUUGUCUGCUUGAAAACAAAUGUUCAGGGCCUCCUUGUGGAAUUCCCCAGUAACUGUAAGCAUAAAACUCUUGGCCAGCUUUUUGUUCCUUAGACUGUUGGUAGACGUCUGUUACCAGUCUAACUUUGGGGCUUGUUUUCUCCUAUGAAUAAUGGACUCUAGUUGUAAAUAAAUUUUCAUUUAUAAAUAUUUUGUAUACACUAAGCAUAUAAAUGUGUUGGCUGUAAUGUAAAUAUGUUUUUUAUUAUGCCAAAGUAUCAUACUGUUAGUCUUGACAGCUGCAUAUCAAGCCAUAUGGGGUUUUUUGGUGGGACUGAAAGCUUGUUUCUGAUGGGAUAGAGCUACCUUUGGUUUGGCAAGAAGUGAAUUUACUAUAGGUAUGUGGUGAACUUGUGAUACUGAUGAAUUUCAUUGUUCCAUACAACUCUGUAUGCAUUAAGCCUGGCUGACCUGACUGCAAGCUGAUCCAGUUCACGACAUAAGCAGAGUUCCAAGUUUGACCCAUUUAAGUGUUGAGAGAGUCCUUAAAUCUCUGUGUGAGGCACCUGUCUUGUCCAGUGGAGCGUAAAGCCCAACAGACCCUGGGUAAACCAAGCAGUGCUCACCUGUGUUCCAGGCUGUAGUAUCCAGCUUCCCAGGUGUUCUUGUAAAUAGCAAUCCAAAAGGACAGUAUGCAAAAUGCUUCCUUCGGGUCAUUUGGUAAAAUAGCUGUAAGAUGGGAGUUUUGAGUGGUUUCUUUCAGCAGUUUAUCUCUAAGCUCUUACCUUUAAAAAAAGCCUUAGUAUUAUGUAUGUUGCAGAGAUGUCUCCAUGUGUUUUUCCUAGCUGACAGUUAAGUGAACUUUUAAAAAGAGUGUUGUGAUGAAAAACACCAGAUAAAUUGGGCAUGUGUAGUAUAAAACACUUGUGUCCUUUUCUAUUGUAAAAUAUCAGUCAAAAUUGUUGCCCUGUUGAACUCUCUAAUAGUUCCCUAGACCUCAUUGUGGCCUAAACAUUUAAGUAUUUGACAUGUGAGAAAUGAAACAAUAUGCAGGGAACCACUCAAUUUUGAAAAUAGAGUACUUGCUGAGACAGAGGAAGCGCAAACUUCAUUAGUUACCUUUAUUAGUUACCUGAAAUGUUUUAAUAACAUACAUGCUAAAAGAAGAAUCUUGGGUUCCUUUCUUUCUGGUUUUAUUUCCUCCAGGCUUUUUCUUUCCAGACAGCAUUUAAGACGUGGUGCUUAUUUUCAAUCCAAAGUUAUCUCUGGUGCAGGAACCCAGUACUGUCAGUUUCAAUCCAGAUGAGAAAGGUCAUGUCAUGAAACUGCAGCAGCAGCAGCAAAGCCUCGUCCUUUUGGGCUGCUUUUCUGCUUUCUCCAGCUACUCACCCAGGCUGCUGUGGCCGAGUGCUCGGCAUGUGCAGAGCCACGAUUUCCCCCGGGGGGAAAAGGGCACCCUUCUGUGCUCCAUCGCCCGUCUCCAUUUGGCAAAUGCUUGUUAGCUUUUCUUUCAUCCCUCUCUUCAGUGGAGUUGAGCUAAGACAGAUGUGUCUCAGUCCAGCUGUGGAUGUCCAGACCUUGGGCGUGCUGUGGGCACAAUUCCCUGGUGCCACUGAAUUCCCUUUAGGUAGGUGAGAUGCGCUUGGCCAGGACCAAGGCUUUAAAGUUGAUGCAGUCUGCACCAGAACAAACUGAAGUGCUAGCUCUCAAAGCCAUUUGGGAGCUAAAGCUGCACUGAUUUCUGUGAGAUUCUGACCUGCAAAAGCUGCCAUUAUGAAUGAGGACAUUUGCAUCCUUCUGUGAGCAGUGAUAUUUCUUUAAAGUCCAUAAGCUGGUUGUAAAUAGCAGAAGCUUGUAAGUAGGUGAACACCUUGCUGUGCUUAGCAUUGUGGAAAAACUUCCUAGGUAGACUUGCAGAAAAAAUCAGGUCUCUCUUCUGUCCCCUUUCCUCCAGGAGGUACAGGUAGGUCAGCGUGGCCAUUCUGUUUUCAGUGAAUGCAAACAGUUUCUUCAAUCAAUGCCAAAGUACUACCAGUGCAGGAGCUGGGGGUUUGUAAGACAGUGUGAGCAAAGCUGCUCUUGUUCUCUGUUGCUAUUUCCUAGUGUCUAUUUAUAUUUUUUUCACAUAAGAUUGUAUAUUUUGUAUAGCAUGUGUAAUAUAUGUUUGUCUAUUGUAAUAUAACCUUGUUCAAUAAAAUGAUAUAUACACUGAG